AUGGCUGGUGGUGUGGACCGUAGCGCUACAGGUGUCGGUGAACAUGUAACGAGGAGGCCACGAGGCCGACCAGCCGGCUCCAAAAACAAGCCUAAACCACCCAUCAUCAUAACCCGAGACAGUGCCAACACACUUCGAGCCCACGCCAUGGAGAUUAGCCCUGGGUGCGACGUGGGUGAGAGCUUAGCCACCUUUGCUAGAAGAAAGCAACGUGGGAUCUGCGUGCUAAGCGCUGCCGGCUGUGUCACUAAUGUCACGUUACGUCAACCGUCCCCGUCUUCAACAACCGGGCCCAUAGUCACACUCCACGGACACUUUGAGAUUUUGUCGUUAAUUGGUUCAGUAUUGCCGCCACCUGCUCCACCAGGUGUUACAGGCUUAGAUAUUUACCUAGCUGGCCCGCAGGGCCAGGUAGUUGGUGGGGCUGUUUCAGGCCCUCUUAUCGCAUCAGGGCCGGUUAUAAUAAUGGCAGCGACUUUCAUGAAUGCAACUUUCGACCGGUUGCCGAUUGACAAAGACGAAGCGGCAGCAGUCACGACCGUAGCACACAAUCAACACCUGAUCAGUGUUUCGGAUGUUUAUGGGAUUCCACCAAACUUGCUUUCGAACACUACACCGCCAUCUGCCGGGAUUUAUACGUGGGCAGCUGCUCGACCGCUGUCAAAAACUUAA